AUGCCCCGGCACCUGUUUUCUCCUGCGGUGCUGCUGCUCGUGUUGAUGUGCUGCGGCAGCAGUGGCGCAGCAGCCGCUAAUCAAGAGGUUGUCAUCAACCCGUUUGAGGGGACGGCGGAGGUUCCCGGUGCUGCAUGGGAAGGCGUCGGGGACGCAGCUCAACGGGUCACUUCCCUCCGCGUGCCCAGCCUCGUCGCAGUGGGGAAGGACGUCUUUGCCGUCGCCGAGGCCCAGUGCGCGAGGCAAGAGGACGAGGAGGCCGGCUGUUUUGUCGGGAUUGCGUCGAGGCACCUCAAGAACGUUGCGGGUGCUGCCGCAACGGAGCUCUCGGCGGCGGACGCAACUUCGUUCGCUGCGCGGCUGCUAAAGAAAGACGGCACGGACGGCGCAGAGGCGGAGGAGAUAAUGCGGCCGGCAACACUUGUGCGUGGCAACGAGGUCUACGUGCUGCUGGGAAAAUACAGCCGUGCAGAGUCUGGAACUAAAGGCGGCGCCGCAAAACACGGGGGGCUGUUGCUGGUGAAGGGAACUGUCGCUGGAGCCGAUGACGCGGAGAAGAAAAUCGUCUGGGGUGAGACCCGUGCGGUGGAUGCCGCAUCCAUGGGGCUCCAUGACUCAUUCACUGAGUUAUCUGGCGGCGGGGGCUCGGGCGCUGUGCUGGAGGACGGCACGCUUGUGUUCCCCAUGCAGGCCACGGACAAGGGUGGAAAGAGUGUUCUGCUGGUCAUGCGCAUGGAGCCGUCAAAGAAGAAAUGGACGCUUUCGCGGGAGACGACCGGUGCGGGCUGCAAGGACCCGUCGAUCGCGCGGUGGGGCGAAGACAAACUGCUCGCGAUGGCUCACUGUGCGGGCGGCUACUACGACGUGUACAAGUCCUCCGCGGCCGGUACGGCUUGGUUCGGUGGCGCGCCGAUUAGCCGCGUGUGGGGCAACUCACUGAGGCGCCAGGGAGGGCACGGCGUGCAGAGCGGCCUCACCACCGCAAGCAUCGAGGACACGGAGGUGGUGCUCCUCACCACGCCGGUGUAUUCAGAGGAGGGCGACGCCGCAAAGGGCCAGCUGCACCUUUGGUUGACCGACGGUGCCCGCGUGCAUGACGUCGGGCCGGUGUCCGACGCGGCCCACGACGCCGCCACCAGCUCCCUGCUGUACAAAAGCGACGGUGCACAGGAGGAGUUGCUUCUGCUGUACGAGAAGAAGGGUGCUGAAAGUUCCUACAGCCUCGUCGCUGCGAGCCUGACUGACAGGCUGCCGGAGAUAAAAAAAAGUGGUGAGCGCCUGGAAGGAACUGGACACGGCCCUGGAUAA